AUGAGUUGUUUUAAAAUAUUCAGGUGUCAAGGUCGAACACAGUCCUCUGACGACUUGCUACCAAUAAAAGCAGCGCAUUUCGUUCGGAACAGUGAUCAAGAAAUACUACCAGCCUUUAUCAGUAACAAUCGAGCGAUACUGGUAUUCAACUCAACAACACUUCAUAGUGUUGGCAAAUAUCGCUGUGAGAUCACCACAGAAGAUGAUCAGCACAUCUGGGGAUGGCUUUUCGUUAACAGUGAGUUUAUUGGGCAGCAAAUCUUUGGCUCUUUGGCUCAUUAUACAUUGCAACGCUUUGAUUCUCUAAUGCGCUGCAUGAACUUGAUAACAAAUCCACCGAAUGUUAAGAGUUAG